UCCGAGUCCCUCAUUUUUUUACUUUAACCUUCCUCUCCUUCAAUUGCCCCUCGAUCUGGGUUCCUUUUUUCUCUAUAUAGUAUAUACUCUCUCACCACCGCCCCUAUUCCAGCUAGUCCAGCUAUUCCAGCACGCAUGUCGUCGGCCUCCCUCUCCUCGCCGAUCGUGCUGCAGCGCUUCCACAAAAUGCCCCCCGUGCAGGUCAUUGCGACCGAGGACGAGAAGGAAACGCCCCUGCCGGCCUCGACCAGUGACCAGUAUGGCGGCAACCAGAAAUCCGGCAUGCUGUCCAUGUGCCCGCCGGCGCUGGUGCCGUACGUGCAGCUGGCGCGUCUCUUCCCUCCCGCCGGGCUCUUCCUGAUCUAUUUCCCCCACGCCUUCGGUAUCCUGCACGCCGCCGUGCGCACCGAGGCCUCGCUGUCCGCCGUGCUGCAGGCCAGCGCCGUGCUGUUCGCCGGCAGCUUCUUCUUCUCCAACGCCGCCCACAUCUGGAACGACCUCAUCGACGCCGGCCUCGACGCCCAGGUCGAGCGCACCAGCCGCCGCCCCAUCCCCCGCGGCGCCAUCUCGCCCACCGCCGCCUUCCUCUUCGCCGCCUCGCAGGGCAUCGCCGCCGCCUGGUUCCUCGCCUACCUGCCCCAGGGCUUCCCCGUCGCCUUCUGCUACGCCCUGCCCAACAUCCUCGCCACCAUGUACUACCCGCUCAGCAAGCGCCACACCCACUUCCCCCAGCUCGUCCUGGGCUUCUGCCUCGCCUGGGGCACCGUCAUCGGCGAGCUGGCCAUGGGCGCCCCGCCCUUCGUCUACUCCGCCUCCCAGGGCUUCUCCAUCGACUACUCCGUGCUCUGCCUCUUCCUGGCCGGCGUCGCCUGGACCAUCAUCUACGACACCGUCUACGCCCACCAGGACCUGCAGGCCGACCUGCAGGUCGGCAUCAAGAGCCUGGCCGUGCUCUUCCAGGCCCGCACCAAGGCCCUGCUGUGGCCGCUGCUGGCCACCAUGGCCGCCCUGCUCAUCGAGUGCGGCCUGCUCAGCGCCAUGAGCCCCCUCUACUACCUCGUCACCGUCGUCGGCGCCACCCUCUCCCUGGCCACCAUGAUCGCGCGCGUCGACCUCGCCAGCAGCCCCAGCUGCUGGUGGUGGUUCAGCAAGGGCUUCUGGUGGGCCGGCGGCGCCAUCUGCGUCGGCCUGCUGCUCGAAUACGUGGUGUUGAGUAUAUCCGAGUAGCCUAGGCGCGGCGAGCGGGCAAACUUCCGUUCCCCGUUCCUCGUUUCGUUUUUAUUUUAUUUUUUUUCCCUGUCCCCUUCUUUUCCUGUAUUUAGUUUAGUCGCUUGGCCAGGUUGGUUAGCUUUUUAGUCUGCCGUUAGUGGGAUCGGUGGGUUGCGCUGCGUCCGUCGUCCUCCGGCCGAAUUCCUAUUUUACGCAUACUUGUAUGUAUUAAUUUCUGCAUCACCACUUCACUAUUCACUAGCGCAUGGAGCUGGAAAUUAGAUCCCUGUUCUCAUUAUUC